ACGAAAAACUAGUGUUCUGGUUUUUAACCGAAGUUUGCGCUUAUGUAAAGUCUAAUUUGAAAGAUAAUAAACAAGUUUAAAAUUAUUACAAUUAAGAAUAUUAAACUGUAUACGUAAAAUCCUAAAGUGUUUUAUUACUUAAAUAGUGUAAUAAUAUAUGACUAUGGUGUACUCAAAUAAUGACAUCUAGCCAGAUACUUUAUCUCUAAGAAUGGCAGUGUGCAAUCUCUUAGUUGGAUUAUGUCUUUUUUUAUUCUCUCCAGUUUUAGCGGUUUCAGUAAAAAAAGGAAAACAAAAUAACUUACAAUUGUUAGACGAAAUCAAUAGGAGGCAAGCAAUACCUUUAGCCGUUGUUCAAGUUAGCACUUUAAGAAUUUUUCCACAUCAAAAUAAGAAAACAGACGAUGAAAAAACAGCGGCACCAAUUAGCGACUUGGAAAAACGUCUUCAAAACUAUAGCCCAUUUAUAAAGAAACAGGCACAGCAAGAUAUUAGGCUGAGAGAAUUAGGUGGAAUGUUAAACAUAACAGAAUCAUUGUAUAACGGAUCAAUAGCUUUUGCGAUUGAUAACAACAAAACUACCGCUGUACACAACAACACAAUACAUCUUUUGCAAAGCGUUGUUUCAUCGGAAAAUAACAAAAUAAAUACGGUCUCAUUAAGCCAAGUGUCUAAUAAGACAAUCGAAAAGAAAAAUAAGACAAUUACUAUUCCGAUUAUGGUUUUGACGCCUGAUCUCAGAAAUACUUAUGCUCAGACAAAUAAAUUAUAUAACGAUCAACUGUCGCAAAAUGGAUCAAUUGUUGUUUUAUCUGAAAUAAAAAACAAUACAAAACACGUAGCAAUUAUUUUAUCAAAUAUUAAAAAUAAUACCAAUAACGAUUCAAUGGCUUUGUCAACAGAUAUUAAAAAUGAUUCUAGCAACGCCUAUAAAAACUUAUCUAAUGCAGAAGUAUUUAAUGUUUUGGAGAACAAAGAAAAUCUCCAAACCAAAGUAAAAACGUCGGAUUUAAUGCACAGUUUGCCAUCACAAUUCACAAAUAUAUACCACUUGAACAGACUUGACUUCAAUAACUCGUCAAAUAAUAGUAAGCAAGAGGUUAGAAUUAAAGAAAUAACAGAAGAACAGGGUGUACUAGUUGGUCCACUAGAUACUUUGCCUAACUACCCAAAUGGAAAUGGUCCACAAGAUAAAAAACUUAAAGAUCUUGGUACACCGGGUAAAACUGGAUUAGGUAGUAGUAAUACAAAGAAAGAGAAAAAAUUAAACAAAGAAGUUAAAGUUCGACGAAAGAGACAAUUAUACAACUUUCGUGGACCAGGAAUGCACAUGCCUUGGGAUUAUGCAAUCGAUUCUGAGCAAUUUGAAAACAAUGGCAACAUAAACGAGCAAAACGAGUUUUUUGUUCCAACUAGUCCAAAACAAAACAUAUUUUUAAAAAAUUUAUACGAUUCAAGCACUAACGUUUUUAAUAAUUUAGCGCGAGAUAGCGUUGCAAGAAACCAAUGGUUACCAAACAGUUACUUCUUUAAUAGUGAAACUCCAAAACAAAACUAUAAUCAGCUUUUAGAACAUGAGGCUACUAUGGUUGAUAAACAUACUUCACCUAUUAUAGGGACUUUUUACAACACGGAAAACCUCAUGCAUCGUACCAACCAACCAAAAUUUCACUCUCCUUUAAUUGUUGACGAAGAUGCCAGUGAUGAAAAUGAACUUCAAGGAAGUUUUCAAAAAACAUAUAUACCCAAUAACAAGUUUAAUUUAGGCCCAAAUACUUUUACAAAUGAUUUUGGUACAAAUAUUAAUGAUGGAUCAUAUACAACUUUGGAAAACUACAAUGUUAGACCAAACCCUCGAGAUCAAAUAAUUGAAACCUUUUUGAAUAACUAUGAUCAAGAAACAAAAAAAAUGGCGAAUUUUUAUAAACAACAAGCUAUAAAAAAUAGUAUUGACUUUAGUCGCAUUAACCCAGAAUCAUUAACUGAUCCUGAAGUUAAUUUAAACCAAUACCGCUCAGAUCAGUUUGGAGAUUCAUAUUUUAACACAAAAGUAUCUCAUGAACGAGAGUACCCUGAUGCAACAUUUUACCAAGAUCAGAGGCGAGAUUUACUUCAGCGACGAACGGAAAAACCAUUUGAACUUGAUAUUCGCGCUAAACUUCAACCAAAUUACUUCCCACCAUAUAACUUUCCUGCUCGCUAUUUAUCUAAUCCUAGUAUUAAUAAAGGAACAGAGUUUUUAUCUAAUCCGUAUCCAUACAAAAGAACAAUUGAAUCAAUUCAACCGAGCCUACUAUCUAGUUUAAGACAAGAAAAUUUACUUUCUAACAAUUUUUUACGGGGAAAUGUGCUCACUUCGCAACAUGCAGUUGCGUUAAAUUUGGUUCUUCCUACCAGCUACGAGGGAGAUUUUUUUAUAGGCGAUAAACAACCUCGUAAUGAUAUUACAAACCAACAAGGCGUCGUUAUGUUAAUGGUGAAAACUCCAGUGAAGGAAGAUGACGAAAAUGAAAAAGUGCUUAUCGAACAUAAAGAGCUAACUCACGAUGGUAUCACAAGAUCGAGUAACAAUAUUUCCAAUGACGAAGGCGACUUUUCAAUAAAUUUAAAAAAAGCAGCUGAUUUUGUGUUAACAAACGCCGUAUCACAAGGCAAUAUUACAGUAAAGCAAAGAGAUGCGAUUGAGAGAAAAUUAAACAUUAUCCUAGAGAAACGUUACAAAAAUAAAACUAGAGUUGAAAUGAGUGCAAUGACUCGUGAGAACAUUCCGCGAAUAUGUGAAGACACUAUUUCUGAUUGCGCACAACUUAAAAUUGGUGGUGUAUGUCCAUUUAUGACAACAUUUAUGAAAGGAACCUGUACUAAAACCUGCAGUGAUUGUUCUCCUAGUCAAGGUUUACUUUAUGAAACUGUUAGAGGAUUUAUUAAACAUCCAGAUUAUAUUGAUGAAUAUCGUACCUUCAGAGGAACUCAACGAUCACUUAUAGAAACUGUUUCCCAACGAAAAUUCACCAUAAAAACAUUAAAAAUACCUGACGAUCCAGUAAUGUAUUUGACAUUUGAAUAUACAAAUCAAGACGGCGUAAUUGAAGAUAGCUCUUUAAACAAAAACAACGCAUUGCUCGAAAAAGGCGCUUCUCUAUCGCCAAGGGUGUUAGGUACUUGUGGUAAAGCUGUUGAAUUGAAUGAGGGAAGUGUGACAUGGAGCGGGGAAGAAUUUAAAAGAAAACCCGAUGUAGCUAUAUCAAUUGCAAUGUAUGUAAAAGUAAAAAAAAGUGGAGUUAUAAACUGGUUCGCAAAUGGAAAAACAGGUGAUAAGAAAUUUUAUGCAAAAACUAAAAAAACUGUUGUACCAGCGAAGAUAUGGACACAUGUAGCAGGAACGUACGACUCUGAUUCAGGUCUUGCAAGAAUAUAUAUUAACGGGGAAUUGGAACAAGAACAGACUCAAAGGAAAGGAGAAAAGCUUUCAAAAGAUUGGUUAGUAAAUGGUAUUGGCACAGGAUUUGGUGAUGACAGUUUGCACUACGCAGACGAGGUUUUGAUAUAUGACAGAGCUCUUACGCAAAGUGAAAUUAAAAUGCUUUUUAAUCGAUGCACUUUUAACCGUAUGAUACUUCAUUUUGGAUUUCAAAAAGGUAACAAAACGAGCAUUUCGGACCAAUCGGGAUUAGAUAACGAUGCAAUUUUGGUAGGAGGUGCUCGACAAAAAGAAGACGGGGAGAAAUGCGGUUAUUGUCUUGAUCUUACAAACGGACCAGACCCAGCUAUGAAAAUUGAACAAAUAGCAGUUAAAAAGUUACCAAGAACUAAGAUAUCUAUAGCUCUUUGGAUUAAUUUAAAUAGCACAAACGGAAUCCACAAUAUAUUCACAACCGAAAGCAGCGAAGGUAAUAUUGGAUAUCGUUUACAAGUUGUUAAUGGUAGAGUAAGAUGGGCUAUCGGUACAGAUACAGUGCCAGUGUUGUUUGAUCACAUGACUGAGUCACAGGUUAUAUCUGAAGGUUUGUGGACGCAUAUAGUAACCACAUACAACAAUGAAAACGGUAUUGUUAAAAUUUACGUAAAUAGCAAAGAAAAGCUUAAGGAAUUUGUACCCGACGAAAGGCGUGAAUUUCUUCCGACUAAUUGGGACAAUGAUGCAAGUAUUGGAGAUCGCACCUUUAGAGGAUAUAUCGACGAAUUUAUAAUGUACAAUUGGGACCUAGAUAGUUCUGAAGCACUUUAUGUACGCAAUUACUGUGCCGACCGUCCAAAACUAGUCAGAUUUACAGUAAGAGUACCUCUAACAAAAAAAACUGUCGUUCCACAUUCUAUUGAUAACAAUUUGGAAAUGGAAGAUAAACAAAAAUUGAUUCCCUACAGGAAUGAGUUUGUAAAUACUCGCACACUUGAGCAACCAAGUUUAAAGACGUCAAAAUUUGAACAAAACAAUGAUCAGAAAAAUUUUAAAAAUAAUUUUUCAAAAACAUUGCACUCAAAAAGAGUAUCUUUACAAAAUGUAGCUGCAUUGAAUAAUCUUCAAAAAAAUUAUAAAAAGGGAUUCAUUUACCGGAAUAAAGAUAUGAAAAAACCUUUUCUAGAAAAAAAACUUAUUGAGCUAAAAGAAAAAAUCAAAUAGAGAAAAGAUUUAUUUCUAAAUAGUUCAUUUCUCAAUAGAUGAUUUCAAAAUAUGUAACAAAGGUCUUUAACAACUAACCUUUUAUAAUACCAAAAUUAUUUGAACCAGGCAAAGUAUUUAACUAUAACGCUGCAAAAGAAAGUAAACCACAAAGAGCUCCAUAAAUCUGAAUUUUAACCGCAAUGUUUGACAGAAAAACAGUAAAAUACGAAAAGCUGAUUAGUAAAGAAUCGAUAGUAAAAAAUAAACAGGAAUUUUACGAAAACUUUUUAAUUUCAUGGAAACAAAGAAAAACAAUAACAAUAAUGUAUUAGAUCACGUGUUUAGCUCAUAUUUUAAAAGAAAACAAGAACAUUUUCACCGAAAAAACUGAAAGAUUGUUUAAAGAUCAUUAAAACCAAAAAUGAAACUGCUUUUUUAAAGAAAACAUUUAAACUUAUAAAAACUAGAAGUACAUUAAUAAAAAUUAUAUUUUAUAAAAAGAUAAAAACUUUUACUAACAAAAAGAAAAAAAAGAAAAAUCAUGUACAUAAACAACUACAUACAAAAAUUUACGUGAGGUAAACUAGACUAUCUGGAGAAUGAUGAUUUCAAAAAAAGAAUACUUAUAUUUUUAACUAUUUGGGUAUAUAAAAUCGAUCAUUUUUAUCAAUUAAAAAAAGCAAAACUGAUACUAAUACAAAGAACAUAACUGAGUUAACAUCACCACUUUAUUUUAAAAUGUAAUUUUCCCGAUGUACACACACACACACAGUGUACGUUUUAAAACUCACACACACUGAGUACGUUUUAAACUUUGUGUGCGUGCGUGUUACAUUACACAGUAAAUAUUUUUCAAACGUAUGAAAAUAAAAUCUCUAA